CUCUAGAGCAGCUGUUUGGGGUUUGAAAUUCCAACAUGGCAGAGGCAGUGGUCAGUCUUCCACACACUAACUUGGAAUGGUUUCAAGUCGCUUAACCCGCACACGCAUUCAGCACGAGCCCGUCGGAUCGAUGCCGUUCUAACCCGAGAGGUUAUCCUGUCAUACUAACAGGUUAAACGAGUACCUGACGAAAAGGCCCCUGGUUUUCACAGCGUAAUUCGAUAGCUGAGAGGAAAAAGUGACUGUAAGCAACCUUUGGAAUUCACGUUUUCCAUUCUCCUGAUUUCGCCUUUGAGAAGAUGAUCACUAGCUCCAGUGUACAUGGCUUAAAGAUGCAGUGGACCCCAGAGCAUGUGCAGUGGGCCGAGCAACAUUUCGACAUCUCAUCCACAACACGUUCCCCUGCACAUAAAGCAGAGGCAUACCGUGGACACCUGCAGAGGACCUACCAGUAUGCCUGGGCCAAUGACGAUAUAUCAGCACUGACGGCCUCCAACCUUCUGAAGAAAUAUGCAGAGAAGUAUUCUGGUAUCCUAGAGGGUCCCAGUGAGCGGGCGCUCCUGUGCUCGUACUCCGAGAGUGCCCCAGGACUCUUAAAUGGACGCAAGUCAGAGAGUGAAGCAUGGCAGGAGGGGAUCUACCCAAUGAGCUGUGCUGCAGAUGUGGUUUCUGUAAGUAAGAAUGGCAUGACUCCCGCCCUGCCUCCUCCAGAUGUGACGGCAAGUGUUGGCACCUCCUCUGGUGUGGCAAGUACCUUGAGUGAGCCCAGCUACUCCAGUAGUAACUGCGGGAAUCAUGCGUCUACUACACUGCAUUCGGGGAUCUCCUCUCAGGAAUUCGCGAGCAGUUACAAUGGCUCGUACUUGCAUUCCACUUACAGCGGUGGGCAAAGCACACCAGCUCUCCCGUCCCCACAUCCCUCACCUUUGCACAGUGCUGGGCUCCUUCAGCCUCCACCCCCGCCACCUCCUACCCUAGUGCCCAGCUAUAAUGCAAGUUCCCCCAAUCUCUCCAGUUACAAUUACCCUCCAGCAGGUUAUCCCCCACAGACUGCUGUUGCCCCAGGCUACAGCCCAGGAGGAGCACCCCCUCCCUCAGCUUACUUGCCCUCAGGCAUUGCUGCCCCCACUCCCCUACCCCCUUCCACCCUUCCCGGUUACUCCUACCAAUCCCACAACCAUGCACCAAUUGCACCAACACCUUUGAAUGGCAGCUCGGCCAACACACUGAAAAGAAAAGCAUUUUACAUGACGGGCCAGGGAGAUAUGGACUCUAGUUAUGGAAAUUUCAACUACAGCCAGCAGCAUUCUGCUCAAAGCCCCAUGUACAGAAUGCCAGACAACAGUCUUGUUGACUCAACCAGAGGGAAUGGAUUUGACAGGAAUGCUGACACAUCAUCUUUGGCGUUUAAGCCCACGAAGCAGUCAGUGCCACAGGAUCAGCAGCGGAAAUUCGGCAGCCAGUCCAGCAGGGCACUAACCCCUCCUUCUUACGGAUCCUCCAAAGGUUCCUUGGGAUCCCUGCGCUCAGGCCAGUCAUUUGGAAAGUUUGGAUCCCCUGUCUUGAGUGACCAUGGUGACGACAGCAGACAGCAUCACCCUCAUUCCAUUGGUACGGCCACUUCAUCCAGCCACCCCGCUGAGGAGCAGUUAAAAAAUAGCGAUGCUAGUUUGGUAGAGAUAGUCACUACUGAGAUUCUGCAGCAGGUACCCCCUGUUGACUGGAGUGACAUUGCUGGACUGGAGAUGGCAAAAGCUACCAUCAAGGAUGAAGUCCUGUGGCCUAUUCUGAGGCCAGACAUGUUCAGCGGUAUGGCCACAUUACCUCGCAGCAUCCUUCUCUUUGGACCUCAGGGCACAGGCAGAACACUGCUCGGCCGGUGUAUGGCCAGUCAGCUUGGCGCAGCUUUCCUCAUCCUUAGUGGCUCUGCUCUGGUCACAAAAUGGCUUGGAGAGGGCGAGAAGAUCGUCCAGGCCUCAUUCCUUGUUGCUCGUUGUCGGCAGCCUUCUGUGGUUUUUAUCAGUGAUAUAGAUCUGCUGUUGUCUGCCCAGUUGAAUGAAGAAAGUCCAGUGAACCGAAUCAAGAGUGAACUCCUCCUCCAGCUCGAUGGAGUUCUGAGCUCACCAGAGGAACAUGUUCUAGUAGUAUGUUCCACCAGCAAACCUGAAGAGAUUGACGAGACUCUACGAAGGUACUUUGUAAAACGGUUGCUUGUCCCCUUACCGGAUGCUGCCGCACGACACCAGAUAUUCAGCCAGCUGCUCUCACAGCAUAACUACUGCCUCAGUGACAAAGAGGUUGCACUGCUUGUUCAGCGGACAGAAGGCUUCUCCGGGUUGGAUGUGGUCCGACUUUGCCAGGAGGCCAUAGUUGGUCCUCUCCACGGCAUGUCCAGCACAGACCUUUCCAGAAUGAUGCCAGGUCAGAUGAGACCGGUGUCAUACCAAGACUUUGAGAAUGUGUUUUGCAAAAUCCAGCCCAGCAUAUCACAAAAAGAACUUGAUACAUACACUGAAUGGAAUAAGAUGUUUGGUUGUAGUCAGUAAAGAGUGAGGGUGUAAUGAAAUCUGAGGGGUGACCUCCUUUGCUCUAAGAGGGGAUUACAAUUCAGCAUUCUUUGCGUGACACAUGCAAUUAAAUAGUGUGGUUAUUACAAAUGUAGACCCCUAAAGAAGAACCUGAAGGACUGUCAGAUACAGUUGAAUGAUGCAUGGCUGUACUUAAGUCAAGGUCUGGCCCUUUGCACAUAAUCCAGACAGAGAGAUACUGUUUUCUGGGCUCAGUACUGCAGACGCAGAGCUCCACUUACCGAGGAACUCUGUAAGUCAGGACCAACUUCUUUGUGUGUAAAUAUCAUUCUGCUGUUUUUGAAAUUUUGUUGCUAUGAAGUGCCUGAAGUGGUGCUUUAUUGAUUUGUAUUUGUUUGCCUCACCAUCUACAUUGGUGGCAUGUGCUAAUAUAGAGAGCUUUAACAUGAAACUAAAUCAGACAUGUUCUGCUUUUCAUUCAUUUUCUUGUUUUUGACACUUCUCUCAAAAUAACAACAGUAUUCCUCAAUCAAGUCUUACCUGUAGUCCCCAGGAAGGGCAGGAUAAGGUCCAUGAUGUGCUUUGAAUCCGGAUCCUAAUUUAUGAAAUUCACUUGUUUGAUUUUCUUCAAAACCUCAGGAAAGUGAUUGUGAUUUGUACAGUACCUCAAAAAGGAUUAUGCGAUAGCACUACAUACUGCUGACUACAUUUGGUUUGGUUUCUAAUUUGCUUCUUCAAAAACUCUAGGUUUACCUCAACCAUUAAAAAAAUCAAAAGGAUAUGACUAUGAAUGUAACCAGAACAUUUCUGGGUUGUUUGGAAGAACAAUUUGGGGAGUUUCUUUUUUAUUCUUAUUGUUCCUUCUAAAUUAUGUUUAAAUUCCUUUGCGGACAUUGCUUUAAGUUUCGAAAGCAGAAUUGUGUUCCAGUAUUGACAACAGCACCUGUUCCUCCCUGCAUAGCACAGUUCAGACUCUACAACGAACACUCGAGUCAGAGAUGGGCACUAUCUGUUGUGUUGAUUAGAUUUGUCCAAAACCAGGUCAGUGCCAGAGAAUGCAGUGGACUUCAACAUUUGCGUGUUUGUCUCCUCUCUGCAGAAUAGAGUUGGGGUAAAUCACAACUUUACAAAGAGACUACAAGAUUCUUAAAGUGGAAAUAUUUUCACAUUCUUCAUAACACAUUUACGUAUGGUUCGUUUUUGUUUCGAACUCUGUCCUGCUGCUGUGUUGGUUGGUGUAAAGAUAUCUAAAGGAUCAUGUGUACCCUGCAUUCUGUUCUACCUCAGUUUCACACUAUUUUCUCUGCAACUAGAACAGAAAGAUGAGAGCUUGGUUUCUUCAACCUCUUUAGGUUUGCUCUGCUCUGAAGCCUCCAUAAAGAACAAGCUGCCUUUUUUCCAAGAAAGAAACAAGAAACGUUUGUCUCAAACUACCUGUGCAAUUCCUCUGCUCUGAGUACCCAGACGACUGUAAACACCCCUUUGUGUUAACACACACAUUAUUGAUGGGGUCUCUUUGGGGCCACUUACUGGGGCCAUGUUCCCUAAAGCCAGAAAUGUACUCUACGCAAGUAUGCAAGUGCUUAUAGCAAUGCAGGUUAGAAGAAUGCUAGUGUUGUUGCUUUCCAAAAUGCAUCAGACUGCAAACUAGACUAUUGCUAAAAAUAUACCCCAGCGACUUAAGACUGGAUUUGUGGUCCAAGGUCACAUAUACAUAUGUUAUUCACAUUAUUACAUAACAUUGUGAACUUUUGUAAAGCGUUUGGUCAUUAACUUUUAAAUGCAUCAUGUUAAAGAUGCAAUUAUGAUGUUGUAUGUCCCAAAGAGUACAUACUUUAAAGGCUUGGUAUAAGGCGGCAAAUUAAGAUGCAGCAUCAAGACAACUACUGUAACAGUUUAUUGUGAUAUUAUUGCUGAGCAAGUUAGUCAAACUCUUUAUAUUUUUAUGUUUGUACACCCAGUUUCCUGGUGUAGACAUUUAAAGGAAACUCUAUUGCCCCUUUGAGAAUGGAGGUAUGUUACUUCCACAAUAUUGCAAGUACGCACAACAUGCUCUUGCAGUACUUUAACUAAACUUUUGCAUUUGUGUACUUGCAUACAGUAUGUUUCUAGUUCAAGGUAGCACAGGAUGUUGGUAAGCAUAAGAGGAAACAUUAUGUUUGAAUGUAUUUUUUGUUUGUUUCUUGCUAUGUUUACUUUCUCUGAUCCUUUGAGUCAGCUUUUUUUGUCUAGCACUAGAGCUGGUGAAGCGAUGUGUCCCUUUUUCUCACGAAUCAGUUUUUCUCUGGCCUUUAUAUAAUGUGUCUCAAAUGUUGGAGAGGAUGCACACUCGGUUUCAAGUUUUUUUGUUUUUUUUUUACGUCCACUGUAGUGUAAUUUGACUCCAUUUUAAGGUGCUUAUUUAGCAGUCGGAGGCUUCGUUCAUCCAAUACAUGUGUAUAUAUAUAUAUGACAUCCUUAAAGAAAUAUCUACUUUUCUGGCAGACAUCCAGAUAGUCUUUUCUGUAGCUGUGAGACACCACUUUCUUCACAAUGUUCGUAAAGUGAUAUGUACACCCAAAGGACUAUGAUUUCUAACCUUGUUUUGUCGUCUAAAAUGGAAACAUUAUUUUUCUUAAAUGGUAUUUUCAUUCUGCUUUCUUGUUUUUGUUUUGAUGUUUUGAAGAAAAGUUACUAUUGUGCAAUUUGUCAAAUGCACUUUUUAUGUUUUGUGUGUUAAAGCCUAUCCCACGUAAUUGUCAAAACCAAAGCGAACAAAGCUUUUUAAGAUCAACAGCUGAUCUGUAUCUCUGACGAUUUGAAUUCAUCCACACUUUUAGGGAAAUGUAUAUGGGACUUCACAUUGAUUUUACCAUGUGGCCAAAUAGCACUGAUGAACAAAUCCCGCACUGACCCUGAAAAGAAAAAUGAUCUUUUAGUGUUUCUGCAGGUGUUGUUUUUUUAAUGUUUGUGGCCUAAAUGCCCUUGAACAAAACGGAUUCCUAAUUUUAUUUUUGAAAGCUCUUUGUAAUUGGUUAAAGGAAUGUUCUUGACAACAUAACAUAAAUUAGGACAGAAAACAUUUUUGGUCAUGUCACUUCUUUUAAGACAAACCAGUACCAAAAAAAUGUUUAAUAUUUACAGUCAUUUACAAGAACAAGUACAAGGCCAGUUAUUUUUGUUUCAAAAUUAUAGCCAAUAUUAUUGCAUUUACUUGUUAACAUAAGACUAGUUUGAUUUAAACUAAUUUACUUUGCUAAAGCUGUAUGCAGUCUUUUAACCUCAAUGUCAUAAUGCACAGUAAAGCCAAUACAUAACAGGAAUCAUUGUGAUAUUCAGGCAUUCAUCCACUAGAAAAGUAUUCCCACUUCAGAAAAGUCAUUUCAAACACAUUUACAGCUUUGUGCUGCAUAAUUCAUGUAAGUGCUUUAACAAAAAUGCUUCUGAACCCUCCAGCACUCUUUACUUCCAUCGUAAGUGUUACUUUAACUAUGAAUUUUGAUUUGUUUGUUUUUUUAACUGAUGGAUUAGUCCAAAUUAUUUUCAGUGGUAAUCAAUAUUAUGCUGUCAAUAGAGCUUAACUUAUAUUGAACCGGAUCAUUCCUUUAGCUGAUGGCAAAGGAAAUGUGGGAACAUCCAAAAAGUACCAUGUUUUAAAGCACAUCUCCUCUAUGGAUAUACAUACAAAAAGAUCACUUGAUUUUGUUAAUUUGCUGUAUUAAUUUCCUUUAGCGCUAUUGUUGAUGGUUGUUUCCUUCAAGUGGUCACCAGUGUUUGUUUUUCAACCAUUUUUCUUUAUGACCAUUUCUACCUCAUUGCUACAUAUUGACAUGUAGUACCUAUGUUCUGUCUUUUUUGAAUGUCACACAUUUGUAUUAAAGAAAAUAAAAAUAAAAACUUAUAAAAACAAUAAAAAUAAUAAAAAAAAGGCUUGUUCUUUGAUUUGAGCAGUCUACCUCAGAAAGACUGUGUCCGUACACUGAGCAGUGGAGUAGCUGCACAAACUGAAAACACACAUUAGGCAGAGACGAUGCACACUGACCACAUGAACUCGAAGAUUCGUUAUGCCGCCGCAAUCUGGAAUAUUGUGGAUUGUAUAGGUCUUCUCUACAUGCAGUUUUUUUCCUUUCAUUUUUCAAUUGAAAUAAAUCACUUUCCCCCCUUUGUGCACUGUAGUGUGCAUGUGGAUAUGUGUGCACUUAUGAAGUGUGUAAGUGUGCAUUUUUAUAUAUGAAAAUCCUAUAUGAAAUGUAGUUACAUUUCAUAUCCCAUAUUUGUACAUUAGAUACACUUCAUGUACAUUUGUUAUUAGUAUAACAUUUUAAAACGC